AAUUUGAACCCGCCCCUCCCAUCGCCUCCUCCACUUCUCAUCAUCUCCCCUCCCACCCCACGCAAUCCCCAUCCCCCAUUCCGCCCGCGCAAAACCCUAGCUCCAGGCUCCAGCGUCCCCCGCGAACCCUCUCCCUCGCAGCCGCCGCCACCUCUCCACCAUGCCGGACCUCCCCUGCGACGGCGAUGGUGUCUGCAUGGUCUGCCGCGUCGCCUCCCCGCCCGAGGUCGAUCUGCUCCGCUGCUCCACCUGCGCCACCCCGUGGCACUCCCCGUGCCUCUCCAAGCCCCCCGCCCUCGCCGACGCCGCCAGCUGGAGCUGCCCCGACUGCUCCCCCGACUCCUCCCCGGCCCCGGCUCCCGCCGGCCCCGGGAACGACCUCGUCGCCGCCAUCCGCGCCAUCGAGGCCGACCACACCCUCUCCGACCAGGAGAAAGCGCGGCGCCGCCAGGCCCUCCUCGCCGGCUCCGCCCCCGCGGCCGCCGAUGACGACGAGGACGACAACGCGGCGGACGACGCCCUCGAGAUCGUGGGGAAGAACUUCAGCUGCGUCUUCUGUAUGAAGCUUCCUGAACGUCCCGUUACGACACCUUGUGGCCAUAACUUCUGCUUGAAAUGCUUCCAGAAGUGGAUUCAGAAUGGGAAAAGGACGUGUGGGAAAUGUCGGGCGCAGAUCCCGGCCAAAAUGGCUGAGCAACCAAGAAUUAACUCUGCACUAGUUGAAGUUAUCCGGAUGGCUAAGAUUUCAAAGAAUCCCAACUCAUCAGGCUCUACAGCUCCAUAUCACUAUAUUCGGAAUGAUGAUAGGCCUGACAAGGCAUUUACAACUGACAGAGCUAAGAAGGCUGGGAAAGCUAACGCUUCUAGUGGCCAGAUCUUUGUGACCAUUGCACCUGAUCAUUUUGGCCCCAUUCUUGCAGAAAAUGAUCCCCGAAGGAAUAUUGGUGUUCGAGUUGGGGAAACAUGGGAAGACCGUCUUGAGUGCAGGCAAUGGGGUGCCCAUUUUCCUCAUGUAGCUGGUAUUGCUGGCCAGUCUACAUAUGGCGCACAAUCAGUAGCCCUCUCAGGAGGGUAUGAAGAUGAUGAAGACCAUGGAGAGUGGUUUCUUUACACUGGAAGUGGUGGAAGGGAUCUAAGCGGGAACAAGCGGACAAACAAGGAGCAAUCAUCAGAUCAGAAAUUCGAGAAGCUAAAUGCUGCUUUACGUAUUAGUUGCUUGAGGGGCUACCCUGUCAGGGUUGUGCGGUCGCACAAAGAGAAGCGUUCCUCAUAUGCUCCUGAAUCUGGUGUGAGGUAUGAUGGAGUUUAUAGAAUUGAGAAAUGUUGGAGGAAGAUUGGUAUUCAGGGUACGUUCAAGGUCUGCAGGUAUCUCUUUGUACGCUGUGACAAUGAACCUGCCCCCUGGACCAGUGAUGAUCAUGGUGACCGUCCAAGGCCAUUGCCGAAGAUAAAAGAGCUGCAAGGUGCAACUGAUAUAACGGAGAGGAAAGGACGCCCUUCAUGGGACUAUGUUGAGAAAGAAGGCUGGAAAUGGGUGGUGCCUCCACCAAUCAGCAAGAAGCCUGUUCUCUCUGGGGAUCCUGACACUGACAAACAAAUCCGGAGAGCAACAAAGCGUGCUCAUAUGUCUGUUGCUGAGAGGCUACUGAAAGAGUUUGGCUGUUCCAUCUGCCGGGCCGUGAUUAAAGAACCCCUUACUACUCCAUGUGCUCACAACUUUUGCAAGGCUUGUUUGCUUGGGGCAUAUGAUAGCCAGGCUUCUAUGAGGGAAAGAAGCCGUGGUGGUCGAACCCUUAGGGCACAGAAGAUUGUGAAGAAAUGCCCUUCCUGCCCAACUGACAUCUGUGACUUCCUAGAAAAUCCCCAGAUCAACCGAGAAAUGAUGGAGCUGAUUGAGUCUUUGCAACGCAAGGCUGAUGAAGGUGACACCAAGGUGGCUUCAGAUGAUGCUGAGGAGUGUGGUGAUGGCGAGUCAGAGGGAAAUGAUGGUGCUUUGGUGAAGGAAGAGGAUGAUAGCAGCAUGAAUGAGGAUGAGCAAGACAGUGCUGAUGCUGAUGCUAAUGCUGAUGGCUCUGUGAAAAUUGUGGUUGAAAUCGAGGAAGGAAAAGAUGAUAAGAAGGCCAAGAUGGGUGUGACUGAAGUGGCGGAUGUGUUAGUUGAAGAAAAGGCUGUGAAAGAGACAAAGAAACGCAAGGGCGAUGCUGAGACUGGCACAGAUGUUGCUCCUGCUAAAAGGAUGAAGAAAAACAUUGCUGCUGUGGAAGAGGCUACUUGCACUCCAGUGAAACGGAUCAGUAAGAGUGGUGAUGUGGAUAGUGAAGGCAAUAGUAGUCCGGUUGUGAGCAGUGGCCGUCGGGUGACUCGGAGCAGUGCGAAUGCUAGUGAAGCUGAUGAUAGUCUGGCAAGGAGGACCAGAAGCCGUGCUAGAGCUGAUGCUGGUUGCUGAUGGUGAUGGAAGCAGGGAAGUGUGGAAGCUGGUGGCCUGGAGCCAGAUGAUGUUCUAGGGAGGCUUCGUUUUUUGGGGAGGUUGUAUGUAGUCUGGGAAGUUUGCUUCUUUUGGUUGGGGUGAUUGCUGUGCCUGGGGGGGAACUGGAUUGCGUGUCGCGCUGCAUCUGUUUCUUUUGGUUUGGUUUGGGGAAACCGAUUGCGGCCUUGGUGAUUCCCUGGCCGCGCCUCCUGGAAUCUGGAAUUCUGGAUGGUGGUUUAUCCAAGAUGCUUAAACUAUCUAAGUUACCAGCUCCAUUGAACAUGCAAUUCCUGUGUAUGCCUA